UUCUGCAGCUGCGCCAGUGUGGGGCUGUUUUGGAUAUCGGCGCUCGGUAAAAUUUACUUGACGAUUAACCAAGACAUUUUUUUUAUGGCUUUUGCUUAAGAUCAUAUUCGAUUUUACGGAGGCGCAAUCAUUGGAUUCCCUUCAUAUUUGUUCCUGUUAACAUGAGCGACAAGCCUCCAUCUGCCACCAUGAGCACUGUAAAAUCAUCUUUGUUGUCUCUGACGAAGAUGUUUGCUGAUAAAACGCAAGAGUUUUUAAAUGACAUUGACAAUGUCCACAUGGUUUGGCUUGAGGAGAUCCAACAGGAGGCCAAACUGAUGUUCUCAAGUGAUUCUAAUUUUGAACCGGAGUUAAUGCCCAAAACACCAUCACAAAAGAAGAAUAGUCGCAGGAAGCGCGUGUCGGUCGGCCGGCAGGAAGAUUCUCAAUUCAGGCGCAGGCUGUCAAGGGGUCGACGAAGUAAUCUCCGUAGCGUCACUGUCAAGCAACUGGACUUCAUUUCUGAGAAUGCCAUUGCCGAUGUUUCCGCAGCUGACAGCAGCACCAGUGCACGUCCAAAACGCACUACUCGCAAAAAUAAACAAACCAUCGCGGAGAUUGCCGAGGAUGUGAACCGGCCUUCUCGUACAAUCCCCGAGAUUCAAGUUGAGUGUAACAAAAAGCCAGAGCUGGUUGAGGAUGAAAGCGUGGCUAAAAAUACCGAGGUGGACAACACAGACGUCCCACCGGAAGAGCCGUGUGAUGUCAGAAGGCAUUCUCCAAUUAAGAUAGAGUCACCUAACGUUGUGGUCAGCAUCUCUGCAUCAGAGCGUUUGUCUGCUGAGCAAGAAAUCCAGCCCAUACCUUCUCCUGGGCGCAGCGCUGCAAAGAUCGCGAUAGCCGGCAAUGGCAGAAGCUCACGGCGCAGCUCCGUGAGGUGCUCAUUGAAGGCCCGUCGCUCCCUGGCCAGUUUGCGGCACAGCAUGAUGCAGGAGUCUCUGCGCCGUAGCUCUCGGCGGUCCUUGCUGAAGAAGAACGCGGCUCGCAAGGCCAACUCAUCGCGAAGCAGCAUCGUCGACUCCGCUUCUUGUGAGUCCAUGGAAGAGAUAGAUGAAGUAGCAUCCGCACCUGUGACCACAGAUCCUGAAGUUGCCAUGAUCACUUCAGCCGAUCCUCCUGAGCCCGUGUUGAGUGAGCAGCCAUUAUUGGCACAUGUCACUCGUUCUGUGGCGGUAAACUCCCCCAAGCUGGCCCCACCUUCACUGUAUUCUCCCGAGCGGUACAAUGAACAAAAUACAUCAGUUAACAUGAAACAGACCCCACUGCCGAGUCAAAGGUCAACUAAUUGCGUCAAACGCAAAACGGCCUCCCCUCCAGAAAGACCUACAAAGAGGUUCUCUAACCUCAAGAACAAUCAGAGUGCUCCCAGACCGCACAUGAAAUCAUUUCUUCACACUGUGCAGAAGAAUCAGAUGCUGAUGAUGACUCCAACUGCCUUCAGCCGUAGUUCUGUGGUCAAAUCCUUCAUUCGACAGAACACUCCUCUGAAGUUUGACCCAAAGAUGAGCAUGACUAGAGUGGCCAGAGAGCGGCAAAAGCUGGAAGCACUGAGAAAGAAGCAGGAACAGGAAGAGGAGCGAAUGAGGAAAAUGGAGGAGGAGAAAAAAAAGAAGCAAGAGGAGUACAAAAGGAAGAGGGAUGAGAGGCUAAGAAAGGUGAUUGAGGCAAAAGAGAAAGAAGUGCAGAGGGAAGAAGAAAAAAAGAAGAAGAUUGAGCAAAAAAUGGCCGACAUUGAUGAGAAAAAUGAUAAGCGGCAGGCGGCAGAGAUGGCCAAGAAGCGAACUGCCACUAAACGCCAGGAAGAGCUUGAACAGAAACGGAAGCUGGAAGAAGAAAUGAAAAGGAAGAAGAUUCAACAAGCGGAGGAGGAGAAGCGCCAACAAGAGUUGCUGACUAAGAAGGCCAAGGAGGAUGAAUUAAAACCCAAAAAGCUAGCAGAAGCUCGCAGAGCCUUGGAGCUGGAGAGUCAACGCCUAGCUGCUGCUGCUGAAAGGGAGCGAGUUGAAAAAGAAAAGGCUUUCGCUCUGCAACGGGAACUGGAAAGAGCAGCUCGUGAGAAGGAGGAGAAAAGAAAACAGGAAGAGGAACAGCAGAGGUUAGCUGCAGAGAAGAAGGCUGCUAAAGACAAAGAGGCUGCUGCCGCUGCUGCUGCCGCUGCUGCUGCCGCUGCUGCUGCUGCUGCUGCUGCUAUAAAAGUUGCACAGACAAAGAAAGCUGUUCCCCUCAAUGUGACAAUGGAUGUUGAGAAUUCUUUGUUGAAAACUCCGGCAGGAAAAGGUGUCGGCCUCAACGUGACUGUGGAUGUUGAGAAGUCACCACAGUCUUACUCCAUCACUCCAAAGGGUGUCAACAAAACUUUGACUUUGCCCAAAAAUCCAGAAAACUAUGGGAUGGACCUAAACAGUGAUGAUUCUACCGAUGAUGAGUCUAAGCCAAGAAAGCCCAUUCCCUCUUGGGCAAAAGGUCACAAUCUAGAGCAGAUUAUUUUGAGGCAGUACUUCAACCCUCCAGACAUGGAUUCUUUCUUUGGACCAAUCGAGCCGCCAAAACUGGAGAAGCUGUUUUACAAGAGGAAAUCUCGUUACUUUAAACGCACCAGCUCUGCUGUGUGGCACUCACCCCCCAACGCCAGCAAAUACUGAUGGAGUGAUCCCGUGCUGUACGCAUUUUUUUUUUUUUUUUUUUAAUUUCAACUUAAUCCCAAUAAAAAGGUAAUCGGUUUUCAUGGAAAAUAAG